AUGGCAACCGCGAACCCUUUCGAUCUCUUGGGUGAUGACGACAACGAGGACCCAAGUCAACUUCUCGCUGCUCAGCGGCAGAAGCUGCCUCCGCCUCAGCCCAAGAAGCCCCAGCAGGCCCAACCUGCUCAGCCCGCUAAGCUUCCUUCCAAGCCACUUCCUCCUACUCAAGCUGUGAGGGAAGGGAAGUAUGAAACUGGCCGUGGAGGGGGCCGUGGUGGUGGACGCGGGUUUGGCCGUGGACGUGGUGGAGGUGGUGGUGGAUUUCCUCGAGAUCCAAUCAGCAAUGAGAACACUAAUGGUGUUUAUGGUGGGUACAGAGCACCAGAAGAGGGAGAUACAGGGAAACCUUCUGAAAGACGUGGUGGCUACGGUGGGCCUCGUGGUUCCUUCCGUGGUGGGCGUCGUGGUGGUUUUAACAAUGGGGAUGAUGCAGAAGGGGAACGCCCUCGGAGGGUAUUUGAUCGCCGCAGUGGUACAGGACAUGGAAGUGAGUUUAAACGUGAUGGGGCUGGUCGUGGGAAUUGGGGAACACCCACCGAUGACAUUGCUCAGGAGACUGAAGAGCCUGGAACUGAAAUUGAGAAGAAUGUUGGUGCUGAGAAGCAAUUGGGAGAGAAUGAGGCUGCUGAUGCCAACAAGGAGAAUACUGUGAAUGAGUCGGAAGAGAAGGAGCUGGAGGAGAAGGAGAUGACUUUAGAAGAGUAUGAGAAGGUGCUUGAAGAGAAGAGGAAGGCUCUGCUUGCAUUGAAGACUGAGGAAAGAAAGGUUGAUUUGGACAAAGACUUGAAGUCCAUGCAGCAGCUUUCAAACAAGAAGGAAAACAAUGACAUCUUUAUCAAACUGGGUUCUGAAAAGGAUAAGCGCAAAGAGGCGGCUGAGAAAGAAGAGAGAGCCAAGAAGUCUGUUAGCAUAAAUGAGUUUCUGAAGCCAGCUGAAGGGGAGAGGUACUAUGGUGGUCGUGGUCGAGGCCGUGGCCGUGGUCCACGAGGUGGAUACGGUGGUGGACCCGGAGGUUACUCAGGCAGUGCAGCACCCUCCAUUGAAGACCCUGGGCAGUUCCCGACUCUGGGUGGUAAAUGA